CAAAAUCUGAAACUGUUGUCAGCUCCCCAUCCCUUGCACUCAGUGAUAUCAAACCAAGAAGGCCACAAACUAAAAAUCUUGAUGGGUUCUUCUUGUCUUCUGUCUCUAUCCUGUCUGCAAAUAAGUCCUUUUCUCCUUGACUCUUCUGACGCUUUCAGUCUCAACUUCAGGCUAUAAAAUCCUUAUCAAAGAGCUCUCUUUCUCAACCCACUUCCUCUUAUCUGUAGAUCAUUAAGAAAAAGCAACAAUGGACCAAAACACACCUGCAGAAUUUUCUCAUGGGUCUUCAAACUUUCAUACAUAUUACUCGCAGACCAAGAAGGGUGGUGGUGGUGGUGGAGGCGUAAUUGAUCUAGGCCUCAGCCUUAGGACCAUUCAACAUGAAACUUACCUCCCAUCGACUCCAAUGAUAGGUCUGGACGGGUAUGGUGAGCUUAUAGACUGGUCGCAGCGUAGCUAUAGCAGCAAUACACAGCUGAAGGGUGAGGAACCGGUCGAUCAAAGACUUGCUCAACGAUAUUACAAUGACGGAGAAGAGGGCAGAGGAAAAAUGGCAUACUAUGUGAAGGUAAAUAUGGAUGGCUCAGUCGUAGGCCGCAAGGUUUGUGUCCUUGAUCAAGGAACCUACUCAACUCUUGCUCUUCAGCUUGACAAUAUGUUCGGGAUGCAGACCGAGUCAGGAUUGAAGUUGUUCCAGGAUGAGUCUGAGUUCUCUUUGGUCUACAGAGACAGAGAAGGUCUCUGGAGGAAUGUUGGUGAUGUUCCAUGGAAGGAGUUUGUUGCAAGUGUGAAUCGGAUGAGAAUCGCAAGAAGAAACAAUGCUCUUCUUCCCUACUAAAGCUUUGAAGUCAAAGCUCUCUUUUAUCUAAAUGAGCUCUCACAUC